AUGUCUCGCCGUGCUUCAUUGCAACCAAGUGGCACCUGCAAAGAUGCCGAAACGCAGACAACAAAUGCAAAUUUAAAUAUUAACACUACACCAGAACGAGGAACAAUAUGGCUGCUUUCAGGAUUCAUUUGUCUUGGUUCAAUUGCUCUAAUAUCUCAUAUUCGAGAUUUCAAAAACAUUAAUGAUUAUUAUGCCAAGACAAACUAUAAUGGACUACCUCUCUAUGUCGCACUCAAUACAUCUACAUGGUUUGCAGGAAGCAUUUUAUUUGGAAAACCCUAUUUGCCAACGACUGUGUCAUUUUUUGGACUACUGAUUACCGUAUUCGGUGGAAUGCGAUUUCCUGGACUGUUCGAGUGGGCAGACAAGUUGUUUGGGAUGUUAACAGCAUUAAGUGUUGGGGUGGAAUAUCUGGUAUCAUUUUGUUAA